AUGAAGUUCGCUACCGUGGCUGCGACAGCCUUUUUGGCUUCGUCCGUCUCUGCUGGUCUGUUCAGCACCAACUCGGUCUCUAUCUACGACGACAACUUCCCUGUACCCGGCGAGAACCCACUCAAGCACUGCCAGGAUCCUGCAGAGGACGUUCUCGAUGUCAUCAGCGUCGACCUCAACCCCAACCCGCCGAGACCUGGUGCUUCCCUGGACAUCGUCGCAACCGGCUAUCUCAAGAAAGACGUCGAGGACGGUGCAAAGAUUCACCUGCAGGUCAAAUACGGUCUGAUCACUAUUGUCCGCAUGACCCGAGAUCUUUGCGAGGAUGUCAAGAAUCUUGAACUCGAGUGCCCAUUGAAGAAGGGCGAACUCAAGCUGGCCAAGAGCGUCGAUCUGCCCAAGGAGAUCCCGCCUGGGAAAUACACUGUGCAGGCGGACGUUUUGAGCAAGGAUGAGGAGACCAUCACUUGCCUGACUGCACAGGUGGAGUUCAAGCGAGGCGGUGCGGACGCAACCUUGGUGAAGCAGGACGUAUGA